AUGUUUCUCUGUUUAGUACUGCCAAUACGUCAACAUCUAUCUAGUUUAUAUGAAUUCGUUAAAAAGAAAAUAAAACAAUUUAAUUUAUUUACAUCAAAACCUCCAUCAACCGAUGCACAUGAAAUAAAAAAUCAAGUUUAUGCAACACGUUUAUUUAUCAUUACAUUUACUGCUGCAUUAACUGUUUUAGUGAUUUAUACAUCACUCAUUGCUAUAACAGUAACAGUUACAGUCAAAUCACCCACAUUAGAACACUAUUCAGAAUUACAGGAAAAAUAUUCGCAAACUUUAUUGUGUCCAUGUACACAAAUGUCCAUUCCUUAUGGUAAACUAAUUCAACUGUCAGCAAGUUAUCAUCAGGUUUGUUCGAGUCAAUUUACGACGGACGAAUGGUUUCAAUAUAUCAGUUAUACACAAGUAAGUAUAAUUCAUGAUGAUUUUCGUCGGCGAGGUUGCUAUGGAUUUGAAAUGUUAUCAUCAUUUUGUCAAUUAACAUCACAAACAAUCAAUGAUGAAUUGUUAAGAUUUUAUUCAUUGAUCUAUACAUCAUCAACAAUAACGCCUAACCGCACAUUUCAGUUAGAAACCCAAGCAUUAAUUAAACAAUUUCAGUCAACGACAACGAAUUCUUUUCUACAAUUAUUACAAUUAAUACUCGAUAUAACACAAUCAAAUGGUUUAAUAUCUGGUUUAAAUACAAAUUACUAUGUGGUUUACUGGGGUACGUUUAAUACGUUUAAUACUCUAUAUUUUCUUCGAGGUUAUAAUGCAGAGGACUGUUAUUGUCAAGCAACAUAUAAAUGUCAGGAUUCAUCAUUUUUGGUGAGUGAUAGCGAUUAUCGGGAUGAAAUACCUGGAUUUAUCGAAGGAUGUUUUAUUGUUUAUUCACUAUUACAAUCAACAUUAGAAUGUUGGUAUCAGCAAACUUGUUUUCAACAAUUAAUAAAUGAUCUAAAUGUAACAACAGGAAGUAAUUUUACAAUACUUGAUUCAUCACAACCAAGUCUAUAUCAACCAACAACAACAAUACAAGAAAUUGUUAAUAAUUUGAUGGUUGAACAAUGGAAUUCCAAUGUAUCAUUUGAAUUAUAUUAUCAACGAUGUCAACCAAGUGUAUGUCACUAUACAUAUGUUAAGAAAUUUGAUUAUUUAUAUAUAAUAACAACAAUAUUGGGAUUAGUUGGUGGUCUGAGUACAAUUCUAUCAACAUUAAUACCAAAUUUAGUGAAUUUAAUAAGGAGAAAGAAGAUACGAGCAACAAAUAAAAACGGUAAGAAAUAA